UUUCUUAAAAUAUAAAAUUAAGAAAUUGCAAAUCUAAGGAGAUAUCUGUAAUUUAUUUAAAUUAUCACAAUGCCUACAAUUGGAGUUAAGCGUGAUCUGCUCUUUGAUGCACUCGGCAAGAAAUACACCGAUGAUGAGUUCCAAGAACUGUGUUUCGCCUUCGGCCUGGAGCUGGAUGAAGUGACAACAGAGAAGCAAAUGCUCACCAAAGAGCAAGGCGAUGUUGCGGCAGCAGCGGAUGCCAGCGAGGAAAUCAUUUACAGGAUUGAUAUACCGGCUAAUCGGUAUGAUUUGCUUUGUUUGGAAGGAUUGGUUACGGCUCUGCGAGUCUUUCAGGGCAAAGUGAAGCCGCCUAAAUUUGAGUUUGUGGAACCGGCGCAGCGCCAAGUGCUGAAAAUCAAUCCUUCCACAGCGCAAAUUCGUCCGUUUGCUGUGGCCGCAGUGCUGCGAAAUGUUACCUUUACGCAGGACUCCUAUAAUAGCUUUAUCGAUCUGCAGGACAAGCUGCAUCAGAAUAUAUGCCGCAAACGUACUUUGGUCGCCAUUGGCACUCACGAUCUGGACACCAUAAAAGGACCCUUCAGUUAUGAGGCCCUGCCACCGGAGCAAAUCAAAUUUGUUCCGUUAAACCAAACACAAGAGCUGAACGGUGUUCAACUCAUGGACUUUUAUGCCACGCACGCACAGCUGAAACAAUAUUUGCCCAUCAUACGCGAUUCACCCGUUUACCCAGUGAUUUACGAUGCCAAUCGUGUGGUUCUGUCGCUGCCACCAAUUAUCAACGGAGAUCACUCGAAAAUUUCGCUAAAAACCAAAAAUGUGUUCAUCGAAUGCACUGCCACGGAUUUGACCAAAGCCAAGGUUGUGCUGGACACAAUUGUAUGCCUCUUCUCCGAGCACUGCGCUAAGAAGUUUACUGUCGAGCCAUGUGAUGUGGUACAAACUGAUGGUACCAUCAUUUCCUAUCCAGAGCUGGCCGUGCGCACAGAGCGUAUAUCAGUGAAACGAGCCAACGCAUACAUUGGCAUCAACGAACCGGCCAGCAAGCUGGCGGACAUGCUGACCCGUAUGUAUCUGGAAACCGAGGUUGAUGCCAAGGAUAGUGACUCACUAAACGUGAAGAUUCCACCAACACGCCAUGAUGUCAUACAUGCCUGCGAUGUCUACGAGGACGUCGCCAUUGCCUUUGGCUACAAUAACAUCAAGAAAUCAUUGCCAGCCUUUAUGCAAAUCGCCAAACAGUUUCCACUUAACAAACUAACGGAGCAGCUGCGCGAACAGGUGGCACAGGCUGGCUUCACGGAGGCUCUCACUUUCACGCUUUGCUCACGCGACGACAUAGCGCUCAAGCUUAACAAAAAGAUCGAGGCCCUGCCUGCUGUCCAUAUAGGUAAUCCCAAGACAUUGGAAUUCCAAGUGGUGCGCACCACCCUGCUACCGGGCCUGUUAAAAACUCUGGUGGCAAAUCGUAAGAUGCCGCUGCCAAUGAAACUGUUCGAGAUUAGCGAUGUGGUGCUGGCAGACGAAGCUGCAGAGGUUGGUGCUCGCAACGAGCGACGUCUGUGUGCGGUUAACUGCAACAAGAGCGCCGGAUUUGAAGUGGUUCACGGGCUGCUGGAUCGUGUCAUGCAGGUGCUCUCUGUGCCCUGGAAGACGGGCGGCGCCGACAAAGGCUACUAUCUCCAGGCUACUGAAGAUCCCAGCUACUUCCCCGGGCGGUGCGCGAAUGUCAUGUACAACGACGCCGUCAUCGGCAGAAUUGGAGUGCUGCAUCCAAGUGUGCUUCAGGCCUUCGACUUAACAACUCCCUGUUCGGCGGUUGAGUUCACUAUUGAGCCAUUCGUAUAAGAAGCUCCCGUUAAUAACAAUUUAACUGUUCAAAACU